AUGAAAUGUGAUUUUUGUGAAGAGAAUACUCCAAUCAUAGAUAUCAUGCGUCAUUCAUUGUUCUUGAAAUACUCUCAGUCUCAAAACUACCACUACACUAAAGGCAUCAGUGAAAUAUUGCACAAUUAUCGCACAUCUAAUAAUAUUCUCUAUAAGGAUGUACUGCUCUACUACUCACCAGAAGAACUGCUUUGUAAAGUGUAUAACUCCACUAUUUUAUCUGAUAAAUUGCAAAUGCUGGGUGAGUACUACAAAUUUCACAACGACAUUCCACGUUUGUUUAUGGUGCCAGCCAUCAUCCCACUCAAUUAUUACCAUGAUAAAAAGAGGAGAUUAGAGUAUUAUCGAAUUGCCAAACUCAUUGCAAACGAGAACAAGAACAAUCCUGAUAAACCUCCAAAGGGCAUCGUGGGUGACUCGCCAUUGCCUUAGUCCAGCCAAUAAAUGACGGCUCAAGAGGCGAGUUCCUCUGAUGAACCGAUAUCUAAAUGUGACAAGAUCCUUGAAGGCAUCAGUUUCAUUGAGACCAAACCAUAAUUUGUCAAUUUCAAAUAGUAACUCUAACAAUACCAAAUAUUGCAGUAAGCAAUUCCAAAUUUCAAAUAUGAAAGUUAUAAACCCCAAUUAAAAUAACAAGCUAUGUUAUUUCAAAAACCGAACAAUCCAGAUAAAUAACAACGCAAAUCUAGCAUUACCAAUAUACUCAAUAUGCUCAAGAACAAAGUUCCUAAAAAAACGAUUAAAAAGAAAAAUUAAUCAAUCAAAUCAGAUCAAUUACACAUCACACCAAGAGACAUCGAUAUUAAGUCCCCAACCAAUCGCACUCUACUCCCAAAUUAAUAAAGAAUUGCAACUCUUUUGAAAUCCCCAAAAUGUGUUACUCCAAGAGCACCUCAAUAAAGUCCCCAUCUCCCAAAAAAGGUGCAACAAUUAGAAAUCAAAGUUAUGACUGACCUACAAACUCUGCUUGCCAAAAAAUAAACCAGAGAUUCCAAAUAAUAUUGCACUGUCCAUUUCGAUAGUAUUACCGGAGCCCAAGAUCUUAGGAGUCUUACAUAAAGAUUUGAAUCUGCCAAUAAUUCUAAAACGCAACUUGCAAAGAAGAAACUCAGCAUUAAAGACCUUAAUCAAUUCAGAAGAGUCAAAAUCUAAGAACCCUUGUCCAAUAGAGAUCCACCAAGGAAAUUAAAUUUUAAAUCUAAGUCCAAUGAUAAACAUUUAAGCAUCAACAUCAGCAGUGAUCAUAAAAUUAAUUUCUAUCAAUAAGUCCAAUCAGCUAGAUAAGCUAUAAAUUCAUAAUAAAUAACCACCACAUUCAAAUAAGUUAAUGCUUAAUCUGUAUCUUAACAAAUUCACCAUUAAAAAUCAGCCACCGCCAAAACAUUAGGAAAAUCGAUGAAAUUAACUAAUACCUUUGACUCUUAAAUUUAUAAGGUAGCACUCAAUUAAGCUGUCAAGAAUAUCAGAAAUAGAAAGACAUGA